GAUUCAAUUAAACAACCGUUGAUGGUACUCAAUCCUAAUAUUCAAAAAGAAGCGAUAAAGUGUUUCAAAACAAUUCAACGCAUAAUGGGUGAUAGGUCAAAAAGUCGUGGUUCUUCAAAUGUAUUGGAAAAAAUCCAAUGGCUGUUAGAUUGUGGUAUUCUACAUGGCGAAUUACGAGAUGAGAUAUAUGUUCAAAUUUGUAAACAGUUAAAUAAUAAUCCCAAUAAGGGUAAAGUUUUGACAUUAGGUGAAAUAGAAAGAGCAAAGGAAGCACCUUUUAAUCCUUCCGUAUUUGGUGAGACAUUAGAUUCCAUAAUGAAGCUUCAAAGCAACUUUUAUCAAAAUUUAAAAUUACCACGCAUUUUACCCUUUCUGGCGAAUGCGAUUAUUGAGUUGAAUGGUCAAGCUUCUGAAGAAAAAAAUCGGUUCGACAUAAAUGGGAUAACAGAUGCGAAUGUUCCGGCUUCACUGUUCAAAUUUUGGUUACGAGAUUUAGCUGAUCCACUAAUACCGAGUGAUUUUUAUAAUCCAUGUAUACAAAAUUGUGAAAAUAAAGAUUCGGUAAUUGAACUUAUUAAAAAUUUGCCUGAAAUUAAUAGAAGAGUUGUUUUGUUUGUGAUUGAUUUUUUGCAG